AUGGAGCGCUGCACUAAACGUGACCCGGCAAUAUCAAAGUGGAAGAAAGCAAAAUGCGCUCUGACGCCUCACGCGGGAUAUUUGUGGGAGAAGGAGCGAGCUCGAGUUGGGGAGUAUCACCUGAUGAUCUCCUGCCGCCACAUCAACGCGGUUCUCGACCAUUGUGGAUUGCAGGAGCACAACCUGCAGGCUUUAGACCCCAGCUAUCUCGUGCAGACAAAUGCAGAUGGGUUCUCCGGCAAAGGCAUCGAGCUACCAGUUCGGGAUACGAACAUGAACAGUGACCUUGUCAAACCAUCACCGUUCUAUAAGCAAGCAGGACGGCGGGUGCCACGGCGCAUCGCAAGUUCAUGA